AGUGCAAGCCAGCGACACUCACUAGAACUUGCAAUGGCUGCAGACUUGAAAGACUUGCUGAGGAAAACUCUGGACGAGCUCACAGGUGCUGAGUUCAAGCGGUUUAAAUACCGUCUGCGGGAUGAGGGUCAGAUCGCAUGGGGAACUCUAGAGAAGGCCGAUACAGAUGACACGGUGGAGGAGAUGGUGAAGGUCUACAGCAUGGGGGCUGGGGACGUCAUGGAAAAAGUACUGCGGACAAUGAACCACAACCACCUGGUCAUGGACUUGGAGUCAAAGCUGAAGAAAUUGGGCUGUUGGCAGUGUUAUUCAACACAGUCUGGUGAGGCCAAAAAGGACAACGCUGGCCAACUUCAAGGGCACAAUACUCCUUCAAGCAUUCUUUUGGAGCACAAGGAAAAAAUGAAGGUUCGUGUUGAGAAUAUCCAUCAAGGUAUGGAGAAAACAGAAACUCAAGCUCCCAUCAAAAAGAUCUUCACAGAGCUCUACAUUACAGAGGGAAAGAUGGAGGAGGUGAAUAGUGAGCAUGAGGUGUGGCAGAUGGAAGCAACCUUCAGAGCACAAGCUACAGAAGAAAGCGCAAUCUGCCGUAAUGACAUCUUCAAACCCUUUCCUGGACAAAGUAAAAAUAUCAAAGUUGUACUAACAAUGGGCAUAGCGGGGAUUGGAAAAACUGUUCUGGUGAAAAAGUUCAUUUUUGACUGGUGUGAAUGUGUAGCCCAUCAGGAUGUAGACUUCAUGUUCAUGUUGCCUUUCAGAGAGAUCAAUCUGUUUGAGGGAGAACGAAGUUUACAUGAUCUCCUGUGUAUCUUUUGCCCCGAACUCAAAAAGUUGCAUAACAUGAGUGUCUAUGAUGAGGCCAAAUUCCAGAGCGUUGUGAAAGAAUGUCCAAGGGCUUGCAUGGAGAGGCCAGACUCUGUUCGAAUGUGA